AUGAACUUUUUAAAACAAGGGGUCAUUGAUCUUUUGGAAGAUGACGGACUUCUUGUUUUGUCUCGUGAGUGUGGUUACCGUGAAUUAAUUGCCCGAUUUAUCAAGUAUUACGCGAUGAAGUGCAACGAGCAGCAUAACGUUGUGUUUAUCCUCAAUGCUGAGCAUAUUAUUCCAUUUCUGAUGGAUGAGCUCGGUGAAAUGUCUAUUGACAAGUCUUUAUUUCCUCAAGAGAUCACAGCAAACUCUGGGAAUGUAAAAGAGCGCCAAAUGCUUUAUAAGCGUGGAGGCGUGUAUUUCAUCACUUCUGUGUUGUUGCAGCUCGACUUUCUUCAGAACCACAUUCCUUGUGAUAAUAUCGCGGGACUUCUCAUUUGUGAUGUGCAUAUGCUGCAUCCUGGAAGCACCACGCUGUUCUGCACGCUCCUCUUUCGCCAUCGUUGCAAUGGCUUCGUCAAGUGUUUCAGCGACAAUGCGAAUGCUUGUUCUCGCGCUUUUCCGCAACUCUCCUCUUUCCUAAACGAGCUAACGGUUUCAUUUUUGUUUUUGUAUCCUCGCUACCGCGACAUCGUAAACGAAACGUUAAUGCAGUAUCCUCUGCAGCUCGAGGAGUGUUUGUUUUAUUCUCCCGUGUGGAUGGAAAGAGCCAACUUGCUUCUCGAUCGCAUGAUCACCAGCGAGGUCAAGGAACUGAAAGUUCUGCAAUGCGAUCUGAACGACUCGCUCUCACUGUCCUUCUGCCAGCAGUCGCUGUUUCCGUUCUUCGUGUCGCGCGACUUGCAGCAGCACGGCGGACAUUACUCGCAGAAGACGCGGGAUUUGCUUCGCGAAUUGGUGUUUCUGUCGAGACUGGAGCAGGAAAUCCGGCUGUCGAGCAUUGUGUCGGUGUAUGGGAAGCUGCGCGAUGUGUUCUCGAAGGUGAGAGUGGGUCGAAGCACGGAGGCGUACUGGAUGAAGCUGGAGGAAUCGGAAGAGUUGCUGGAGUGCCGAAACAAACGAUGA